AUGUCAGUUACUUUCUCGGGGUCAAAGUUCAUCAUUUUUCAAAGGUCGUGCUUGGCGGUCUAUAUUAUGUCUUCCGGCCGAGCUUUGCUUGUAGCGACAGUAGUCCUCCUAGUAGCCAUGGUCGGCUUAGGGAUAGGACUGGGCGUCGGGGUUUAUAACAUGAUCCAGGAUGUUAAGAACGAGUGUACAACCAAUCCAGCCCCGGUGGUGGCCACGCCCCCGCCGACGCGAAUGCCAACGCAACCCCCAAUUACUACAACAGCAGAUACGCCAACCUUGUCCAUCGACGGCACGUACAGAUAUGGCUCGGUCGCGGCCGACGCCGGACAAUGCUCUACUAUAGGAACGGAUAUUAUGGCACGUGGCGGGACUGCGGUAGACACAGCGAUAGCCGCCAUGUUGUGCGCAUGCGUACACAACCUACAUAACUGCGGAAUAGGAGGCGGACACUUCAUGACAGUUUACGACAGGAGUGAACGAAAAUCAUAUGCAAUAAUGGCUCGUGAGAUGGCCCCCGGAGCAGCCAACUCCUCCAUGUUUGUUGGAAUAUCAUCACAGGAAGGUGGACUUAGUGUAGCUAUACCCGGAGAAAUCAAAGGAUACUGGGAAGCGUGGAAUUUGGCUGGGUACCUACCCUGGGCGGAGCUGUUUCAGCCCACUAUCGACCUUUGUAGGAACGGUUUUGUCAUUGGAACCAGUCUGGCCUACCAUAUCACAGCGCAAGAAAAAUACUACGCCAGACAUCCAAAUCUCAAAGCGAUGGUGUCAAAUCCCCAGACAGGAGAGCUCCUCAAGGAGGGGGAGAUAAUGUACCUUCCAAAACUUGGUGAUACUCUCGAAACUAUCGCAAGGGAGGGACCGGAUGCCUUCUACAACGGAAGUCUCACGGCCGACAUUGUGAUGGACAUUCAAGAAGCAGGCGGUAUAAUAACGGAAGAGGACCUUCAAAGGUACACCGCUGCUGUCAAGGAACCCCUCGAAAUCAGCAUUCACGACAGAUAUACAGUUCACUCUCCACCACCUCCCUCUAGUGGCGCCGUCUAUGCCUUUAUUCUUGGAAUCCUGGAUGGUUACAACUUUAAUGACGAUAGUCUUUCCAAUCGAGAGAAGAAAGUGCUCACCUGGCACAGAAUUGUGGAGGCGUUUAAAUUCGCGUAUGGCAAGAGGACGCACAUCGGUGACUCCGAUGUCGAGAAUGACACCUUCAAAAUGGAGCUGGAUGCGCUUAUAAGUAACAUGACAUCCGCUGCCUACAGUGAAAGCAUCCGACAACAGAUAACGGACGAUCGGACACAUGACACUGAUUUCUACGGACCAACGUUCUUCAUGAACAACGACGCAGGCACAUCUCACCUGUCUGUGUUGACCCCUAACGGAGAUGCUGUGUCUAUAACAAGUACCAUCAAUAUAUAUUUUGGUUCAAAAGAGGUCGGCAGUAGGACGGGUAUCAUUUUCAACGAUGAGAUGGACGAUUUCUCCACACCGAAUACUGUUAAUUAUUUUGGAGUACCCGCUUCUCCAGCAAACUUCAUCAAACCUUACAAGCGACCACUAUCAUCCAUGUGUCCAAGCAUUGUUACCGACAGUAAUGGUGACGUCAAACUGGUCAUCGGCGCAGCGGGAGGCACGAAAAUCACAACGUCCACAGCUCUGACAACGAUGCAAACGUUAUGGUUCGGGAUGUCCAUGAAGGAGGCCAUAGACCACAGAAGAUUACACCACCAACUUUUACCAAAAGAGAUCGCCGUGGAAAUCGGUUUCGAUGAGGAUAUACUGGCUGGUCUUCGACAAAAGGGACACAACAUGACAAUGAAUGCCUCUGCCGGAUGUAUAGUGCAGGGUGUACUAAAGAACUCGGACAAAAAUAUUUCCGGAUGCAGUGACUACCGUAAAAACGCAUAUCCGGACGGUUUUUAA